UACACAGAGAUACCAACCGAACGAAUCUUUUCUUGGGUACACAACAACUGUUCGGGCAUCGGUAAGAAGACAGAGUUGAACCUCACUGACGCAAGCCCUGUCGACUUGGCUCAGAAUAACGAGGGUCCAUCACCAUGGAGAAGACACCACAGCACACUCUUUUGGUGAGUGCGCUCUGCCUCAUGAUGUUGCUGUUUGGACAGGCUGAGAGCGACAAUGGUCCCCAGGUCCAGACACAGAGCGGCCGUGUCCGAGGAAUGACGGAUGAGGUACACUUUCUUGGGAAAGAUUACAACGUGAGCUUCUACGUCGGGAUACCGUUCGCAGAAGCUCCAGUAGGGGCGCUCCGCUUCAGGAAACCACUCCCGAAGACGAACUGGAGUGGCGUUUUGAAUGCGACGGAGUUUGGGCCAUCUUGCAUGCAGGCUAUGACAAAGACAAGAUUGGAGAAAUUACCAAAUGCAAACGUCUCGGAGGAUUGUCUCAGUUUGAAUGUUUAUGCACCAUCCGGGUCGUCUGCGGUUACGGCGAAAAGGAAGGCCGUCAUGGUGUGGUUCCACGGCGGUGGCUUCCACACUGGUCAAGCGAUGGAGUAUGAAGGAAGGUACCUUGCCGCAUUUGGUGACGUCAUUGUGGUGACGUCAAACUACAGAUUGAAUCUGUUUGGCUUUCUGAAACUCGGUGGGAAUGAGUCGUACAACAACGGUCUUUGGGAUCAGAACUUGGCUUUGAGAUGGGUGCAGGCGAAUAUUGCCGCGUUUGGGGGAGAUCCAAGUCGUGUAACGAUAUUUGGUGGAUCAACAGGCGGCUUCAUGGUCACGUGUCAUGCUGUCUCCCCCGCCAGUCGUGGACUCUUCCACCGCGUCAUCAGCGAAAGCGGGACUUUACUGACGGCGAAGAUGAUGAUCCAUGACCCGACAGAAACUGCUCUUGCGAUCGGAAAAGACCUCGGAUGUCCUGCCGGCCUCGGUACCCUCGAGGUGUGUCUUCGCAGCAAGACAUCUUUGGAACUUCUAGCAGCUAAUGAAAAGUUAUUUGACUCGAAGAUCACUAUGAAGUAUUACUACGCACCAAUAGUUGACGAUGAAAUGUUCCCAGUGAAUAUGUAUGAGUACUUUGGUUAUCUAAGGCCUAAGAACCCUGCGCUAACUUCCAAAAUAGAUCUUUAUAAGAAUUUAGGGGAGAUAGACUACAUGGCUGGCUUCAACAGUCAAGAAGGGAGCAAUCUUCUCUCGAUGCUGAAAGGCUUAGAAAAGUCACUCCGUUUCGACCUUAGCGACGGCGUGAACGAAAAAGCUGUGGAAUUCAUGCUGAAACAAUACGCGGAGGAUUAUUUCCCUCACAACGCCGUUGAUGUGAAAACAGCCAUGGUUGCUUCAUAUUUUGGCGGGACUCUCAAGGGUAAAUCAAACACUGACCUAGCAUCGCGUCUCCUUGACGUUCACGCGGACAUCGUCUUCAACGCGGGAACCAUUGCCCUACUGAACGCCCACGCCAAGACCGGGAACCGGUCGCGGUAUCUGUACACGUUUUCACACGAGUACAAGCCCAGGAUGGAGGGCCGUCCAACCUGGUUCCACGGGGCGGGUCAUACGGACGAAAGGCUCUUCCCCUUCGGACACCGGCUCGUAACAUGGCCGCUGGUCAACCUAACGGUAGAGGAGAACAAGAUAGCAGCUACCAUGAUGACAUACUGGUCAAAUUUCGCCAAGACUGGUAACCCGAACGACCAGGGCAAUCUGUAUCUACCAACCUGGAACCAGUACUCGCCCAACAAACCUCGGUAUCAGCAGUUCGGAUCACCACGUGGUCUGUACAAGGAAAGGAUGACGUUUUGGUUGGAUGAAGUUGUGGGACCGGCAGCUGUCUCAAAAGCUGCUGUUUUAAGCGCAAGUCAAAUGGUAACAAUUUGCUGCCUCAGCUUGGCGCUGAUAUAUUAAUCGACAUAAAAUCAGUCAUCGAUUCUUCAGCGAAUGCAAAAUAACAGACGACAUUUCCGAAAAAAAGGACAGACACCAUGCGAUUGGUUAAUUUCCAAUGUCUGUACCGGUGAUGCAGAAUUCGACUCUCUCUGAUUGGACAUUGUAUUCUUCGUCUUUACAAUCGUCGCAACUUUGUAGUGCUAAUGUAUGUUCUGUAUUCUAAAAAAAGCGACGGUUCUUUCGACAUAUUUUACGACGUGAGGUCAUUUACACCAUGUGAGUGAUCCUCCUCAUCGAGGCUGGCAUCAAGCGAAACACCCGGAUCUGAGCGACGGGAUACGCUCUGAAAAAAGCAUUGUGAAGUUGUUCCUUUGUUUUUAGCCCGCAAGGCAGAGUCUCCGAACUCAAUCUCCGACACAGAGUUCUGACGGCACGAAGGUCUUCCUAAAACCGAGUAUUUUCCAAAUAAAGCAGUACUAGCAUGA